AUGAUGAUGAGCGCGUCUUCUCCAUACUCAGGCCAUGUUUUUGAUUUCGCGGAGGCGGGAGCAUCAGCGACGGCAUGGCGGACGAGCGCGCGGCGCACUGCCGCCUUCAAGCUCCGAGGGCUUGGCAGCUUCGGGCUCUCGCCGCAGCCAAGAGGCCGGCGUUGCUACGCAACGACGACCGCCACCACAGCAUCGACCCAGGGGCGUACAGCGGCAGCGAGCGGGUCCGCAGCCACGCAGCCGCAAACGAGACGGCGUCGCCACGUGAUGGACCUCGGCAACAAUCUUUCGGUGGUACUCCCUGUCUCCGGCCCCUCACCCGCGCUGUCUUCGCCGAGGCACCAUCGUGGCAGCCGCCGGCGCCAUGGCUGCACAGAGAGCGAGGCCACCGCUCGUCAUUCCCGCGGCGAGCAUCGGCACGGCUCCACCGAUGACGGCAACACAGAGGCCAGCGCAGCGGACCGUGCCGUGCACGUGCAGUCGCGGGAAGCGUUGAAGCAGCCGCCUCGGUCUCGAAGGCACCCGCGACAAGCGACCCAGACGUCGCUACUGGUGGGGCAGCAGCGUGCUACCCAAGAAGAGCUGGAGGGCGCUGAAGACGCCCUUCUCCGCAUCCCUCACACGGCGGAUGAGGCGGUCGCGCUGCUGGAGUGCGCGACGGUGCUGGAGGCGCUCGAGCUCUCUUCUUCGGCGCACUUGCCGCCGUGCUCCGCGGCUCCGGCCUCGAAGUUGGCCGCCGCUGCACCGAGCGACGUGCGCGCCAACUUUGAAGAGCUGCGAACGCGAGCGCUGCCGCUUCUCUUCCACUUCGCACACGUUGCCGCCACGUCGUCGGCCCCGUUAGCCGGCGACGCAGCAGCGACCGUCACCGACGCGAAGCUAGCAGCGGCGCUGCAGUGCCUGGCAGCCCAUCUGCAGUACAUGGCAGCGGCCACACGCACGGAUGGGCUUCGCCACGUAUCGGCGCUGCCGCCAGCGGUGGUGGUGGCGCUGUGGGAACAGGUGAUGCCGUACGUGCACCAACGCGUUGGCGAAGCGGAGGCACCACCACUACCGCCGCUACAAGGGAAUCUCGCGGAGCUGGAGGAGGAGGGCGGCGGCGUGCACGAGAGCGCGGGCGAAGCAGUGACUUCAGAGCCCGGCGACGGCGCGGGCGCUCUCGCGUCCUCGGCAACGACGGCAGUGGCUCGCCCCGUUUCCGCGGCCUCAAUGAAGAACUCGGUGUACAUGCCGCUCCGCCGCGCCCUUGCCCUGCACACGCGACAGAUCGCGUCCCUGCUGCCACCGCCCGCCCUCGCGCUCGUCCUCACACGUAUAUACCAGUGCGGCGCGCUUGCCGAUGACGUUCUUGGCCCCAUCGCCGCCGACUACCUCGAGGUGCUGCGGAGGAGUGGGCCAGGUCAGACGACAGGCGGCGGCGACGUGAUCGCGGCGCUGCGGCAGCGUGUCCUCCGACUGCCCAGCGGCGACGGCCUGGACGCAGCCCCACCGGCUGCCGCCUUCACCGGAGCCGCGGCCGUGACAAUGGCACGGCUGCUCGGCCGCGCCGCGGUACCCGGUCAUCACCAACUCCACCGCUUCUUUCACCUUGCGUUGCUGCCCGAGGUCACCCGAGUUCUAGCGCGCGCGGCAGAGCGGGCCGCUCAGAGCGUCGCUGACGACGCCACGGGUGAGGCUGUCGAGGCGCUGCCUGGCGCAGCCGUGCUGCUGGACGUGACAGCGGCCCUACGCCACUACGCCGUCUCUGGACACGCUGUCACGCACCUGACGACUCUCUGGAUGGCGUACUUUGCGCGCCGUCCGCGCACGGACGACGCCGCAGCCGCCUUGGCGGACUGCACGGCGUUGCUGCGCGCACUGUCAACCGUCCCAUCCGCGUCCAACCGCACGCAGCGGCGACAAGCCCACAACACCGGUGCCGAUGGCAGUAACGGUGGAUUGAACGCUCCGCAGCAGCGGAAGCAGCUGCUGGAGGUGACGGAUGGAGACUACUACCCUUUAAUGGACGUCGUGUGCGCGCAGGUGUGCCGCGUGUGCAACCAUCUGCAGAGCCCUGCCGCCACCAGCGACGUGGCGACGGUGACCCCGACGCAGCUGCUUGCGCUGCUGUGUCUGUUGUUGCGUGUGAGCUGUCCGCACUGGGCCGAGACUUACGAGAUGCUCGCCAGCACCGUUCUCGCCGCACUCGCCUCCACGGCAACUUCCCUUGCCGCCUUACCCCCGUCACGGAUAGAAGAUGAAGAGCUGGAGCGCUUGCUUCCUCUGGCUGCGGCACGGCGCACGCUGCGCGCGCUGCUGCACCGCCACUCGCUCAUCCCUGAUCAUCCGCUGCAUCGUGUACUGCUGCGCCGCCUUCUGCACUCGCCGGCCGCGAUGACGGACACCGCGGUGGCGUCGCAGGUACUGUUGGGGCUGGAGUUGAUGGUCCCCGAAGAGGAGGGCAGCAGCCGCGGCAACAAGGUUGUUGCGAGCACCGCCACCAGUGCAUCUGCUGGGCACACAGUGGCGCUUGUGGCAACCGCAACUAGCACGCCAGCCCAGACGUUGAUGUCCACGGUCGCCAUCACCCCUGAUGACCGCCAACGCGCCCUGCAGGUGUUUCGUCGUCUCGGCCGCUCCGUCACGCCCACCGCCUUCGUGGCGGGGCUGUGCGUCGUCGCGCUUGACAUGCUCCCCCGCACCGCGCAGGUUGCCGUCGUGAACCACCUCACGUCCGUCGCCUCUGCCGUGUCCCCGUCGUACUUGGUCAAGGGCAUGGACGCGGUGGUCCGUCAGCUGCCCUCGUCCGCCAUCGACGAUGUGUCGGUGCAGCGUUGGUUUUCGCGCUUCACUGCCCGGGACGUUGUGCGACGCGUCGACCCUGUCGGCUGUGCCGUGCUGCUGGACAUGCUGUCUGCGAACCCGCGGUACCAGCGCAACUGCGCGCUGGCAAAGGAGUGCAUUACACACCGCAUUGGUGUGGCGCUCCGGCAGACGGGGGAGGACGGAGCCGGCAACGGCGCGGCUAGCGCCGUGUCUCUCGAAGCGCUCCCGCGCGUUGUGGCGGCCCUGCAGCGCGCCAACGUCUUUCUGUCACAUUACUACUCGCGUGUAUGUCGGCUGCUGCUUGGUCAGGUGGAGCAGGCCCCUCUUGGUGAGAUGCUGGAGCCGUUCGCGGUCGUCGCUGAGGCAUACAUGAGCCGCCAGCGCAGCGAGGCGCAGGCGAGCGUCUUCAAGGAUGUAUGGGAGCUCUUGCGUGGUCGUGUAAUGGAAGAAGCGGGGCGGCUGACGUUGCACGAGACACUCACGGCCAUCAACGGGUUCGCGGCGCUCGAUGUGACGGACCACGUGCUUUUUGGCGUCCUCGUCUACCAGCUUUGGCUGUGCCUGUGCGCAGCGGAGGCGCAGGUGGCCGAGGCGGCAGCGACGUCGAGGUCUUGUGGCGCGUCGAGCGCAGACCCAGCGGUCGCGGCACCCGACGUACCGGCGCGGCGUCCGGUGCGCUCUGCCCAGCAGCCAAGCGAGAACGGCGAAGCUGCCGAGGCGGCAGCUGCCACGACUGACAACGAGGACGAGGCCGCGGAAGCGCAAGUGCACAGGCGUGUGCAGGCUGCCCAGCACGUGCUGCGCACCCUGACGCCAAGCGCAGUGGCGGUCGUGACAACCACGCUUCUCGCCAGGAGCGACAUCCGUGCAUCUUACGCGGCACAAGCACGCGCGGCGGCGGGCGAGGUAAGGAAAGGCGAAGACGGAGAUGACAACGUUGUCCGCACCCUGCUCCCAUGGAUGCUUCUCGGUCUCCGGGACUGCCGCGCGGAGCUGUACCCGGUGGAUGUGGUGCACUUGAUGCCAUCGCUCCUGGAGCACUACGCAGCCGCAGCCACAGUCGAAGAUGCGAGUGCCCCGACGGCCUAUGCGGACCGGUACGCAGCGCUGCUGCACAACGCCUACGAUGCCUGCCGGAGCACGUUCCUUCUCAUGUACACCCUCCUGCCGGACACCGUCGACGCGGCAGAGGAGCCGCUGCUGCCCCUGGCGGAGCAGCAGCGGAUUGCAGAACAACGUUCGCAGUGGACACCGGCGACGAAGCUGUCCGUCGAGGUGGUGCCUCGUCCGUGGUUUGCAACCUUACUUGUCAGUCUCAGCAGCGCAGCCCUGGUCGACGUGGCCGUGGCGCUGCCGUGCGUGCGGCGUGCGUGUACACGCCGCGUCUGCAGUGACCUGCUGCCCAUCGCCCAGCUCGUUGACGUCUGCUUGAGCCUGUGCUGGCUGGCCACCUCAACGGGUCUCCGCACAGUCGCCAAGGGCGCCAGUGCCGCUGCGCACAGGAGCGACGAUGAUGCGCCGACUCCCGCUACGCCACCGGUGACGCGUCAGGACAAGCCCUCCUCCCCGCCGCUGCCCGCACCUGGUGAUGUUCUCCGCACUGCCAUGGCCACGGUACUCUCCGCGCUGUGGAAGCGCAGCGAUGAGCUCACAGGCGCGCAGAUCGGCGCGCUACUUCGCUGCCUGCGCGACACGUACGGCGCCGACAAGAUGGACGCCGACUUUGUAGAGCGACUGGAGGCUCAGAGGGCGCUGCUGCUCUCUCAGAGGCAGCAGAAGGGGCCGGCAGCCGCAGCGGCGGGGUCCGCCAGCGCGACCGAGACGGCGAACAGCGGCGGUGCCGGCGCUAGCGCCGCGUCCCCACCACAGCAGGAGAGACCGAAACCCCUCCCUCGGAUGGACCCGGAAGACCUCUUCAGCACAACGUAA